GUUUCAGAAGAGAGAUAGCAUUGGGUUCUAUGGCUUGGAUCGUUAUUUCGUUGAUUACAACGUUUUUCGGAAAGAUUGUAACUGCUAGGUAGGCAGUGAAAUGUAGAGAAUUUAUUUCUCCACAUUUCACUGUAGAAUUUGUCAAGUAAAACCUUAUGAGAGUGUUUCAGAAAGCAUUAAACGAAAUGGUCUUGUGCUGCGCUACUGCACGGCACUGCCAUACGAGGGCGUUCACAGGCUGAUUUCGCAGAUGGGAUUUAGACAUUUUCGGUAAAACUUUCCUUGUAUUGCUCAUUUCAAAUUUUCCUGAACAAGUUAUGGACCUAAUUGUAGAGAAAUAAAUUCUAUACAUUUUGGUAUGCGGGUAAUAGCUGAACCAGCAGAAAACAACGUAAUACAAGCGUAAAAGACUUACGCUUCUGUAAAUGCCUACGUACGAUCUCUUCUGAAAUAUUAGCGGCGCAAGUGUCGUACAGGGAAUCUCUCAGGCCCGCCUUCACCUGACUAUUGCUUAUUACUCGUGCGGAAUUUCAGCUAUCCGGUGUGCUGGUCACAUACGGUCACCACUAUGCUGCAGUUCCUUUACAGUAAAAAACUAUAAACACCCCUCUACCGAAAAAAGGGGAGAUACAUUGAUCUAAUUUAGUAAUUGGUAGGGUAACAGCAUUUUUUGAUUUAUAAAGGGCCAUAGGUAAUUUCGAAUUUCCGCUUCUAGGAAAUCUUCCAAAUAUUUUUAAAAACAAAAUAUAAAAAAACUGAAACCUUUGUAUAAUGUAAGCUUCGCUGAACUUCUGUAUGCAAUAAUCAUUUUGCGCUUUCGGAUAAAAUUGUUCGACCAGAAAAAUUCUUAGUACGUCGAUCAAGGCCGAAGAUUGGUCAGACCAAGCGCACCAUGAUAGUGCUGUGCCUGUGUCGGACUGCUGGCUUUCUGCUUUCCUUGAUUCAGAAUUGGGAUACUGGGGAGAAGUGUAGUGGCUGGCAGGCUGCUGAAGAAUGUCCAGUGAAAGCGAGGAGCUGUGUGUCUACAAGCCAGAGGAGCCGAACAAAUUAGUCACGGAUAGCGGUAAACCAGUAAAGAAUUUCAAAUGCUCAUCAGUCAGAAAAAUUGUUCGACCAGCGGAGCAGGUGGGAGCAGUCUCCGGAGAAGCAAAUUCUAAGAAGAGAAAACUCCACGAGAGUUCGCCGGAGAUUGAGCCGAAUGUUUCUCCCUCGAAGGAAGACGUCAAGCGAAAGAAAAUCCCGACAAUUGGCGAUGAUUCCGAUGAAAGCGAUUCCGAUACGGAAAUUAAUAAGCAGCGACAUCAAGCGAUGCUCAGGAGGCUGAAGGAGAACGCUCGAUCAAAAAAGCGGGAUGUUGAGUCAUCUGACAGUGAAGAUGAAGUGUCCAGUAAAAAGCAAAAGAAAGCGGCUGCCGUCAAAGUCGCACCGAAAAUUGCUUCCAAAUCAUCGCCUGCGAAAGCUGAAAUUAACAUGACAACCAAAAGUUCCGACGCUAACGGUGUCAAGGAGCCUUCGCCGGCAAAGAACGAUAAAUCGUCUUCCAAGGAACUCCACCGGUCGGCGUCGAAUGUGGAAGAAGGCAGUAUUUCGCAUAAAAACGGUGAAAAUGCCAGUACAGAUGAUAAUUCAGAGAACGAGCAGAUUCAGAAUAGUCAGAAAAAGCACUCAAAGAGCGAAUCUGCAAAAGCCGCCCCGAAAUUGGUCUCACAAAAGCAAGUCAAAAGUGAUUCCAUGGAAAGGAAUAAGGGAAAUCGGAAGAACAAUGGCAAAGUGGAAAACAGUGCACGUCCAAAGCCUGAGGACUCUUCGGAUGUGUCAGAUAACCCCAAAAAGCUCUCGAAAAUAGAAAGCAGUAUAGAAUCGCGGAAACAUUCGAAAACUUCUACACAAAGAAAUACUGAAAAGUCUUCCGGAUCCGACAAAUCGGACAGUGAUAUUGCUGAAGAAGUGGACAAAUUCAUGAAGGGCAAGAGUAAUGGUGCAAAAUCAAAUUCUGUGAAAACGAUGGCCGAAGAGUCAUCAGAAGAAUCAGUCAGUGAAGCAUCUGAAAAAAACGAUAAACGUGCAAAACCUGGAAAGGAAACUAACACGAAAGCUGAAAGCAAGAAAAGCAACGAUUCUGGUAACGCUGCAAGAUCGAAGUCUUCAACAGAAACUGGCGCGUCGACUAAGGCUGACGAUUCCGACAGUGGUUCGCACGAGAAAACAAAGAAAGACAGUAAAAAUGCUAGUGCUAAGGAGAAGGAUGACCCGCUCAAACGUUAUAAAACGUACCUCAAAGAAGCUGGCAUACGAAUCAACAACUAUGGAAAGUUUUUUGCUGGCAUCAACUCAGUGAAGAAACAGAAAGAGCGAAUUUUGGAAUACCUGGCUGAACAAGGCUUGCAGGGGAAACCGACAGUAGAGUCGUGCCGCAAAUUGCGCGCAAAGCGAGAAACUGCCGCUGAGAUUGCAUCGUUGGACACAAAAAAUAUCGUGUCUGGGCGAACACGGGGAUCACGCAGUGCAGCUCCGGAGCCCGUUUCGCAUGGUGCACACUCUGGGAAGAAGCCUGCAGGCAGACGGCUGAAACAAACUUCCGUUAGUGACGAAUCUGAUUCAGACGAUUUGAAUGUGGGUGCACUAGCUCAUCGGAGCGACGAUGAGGAGGAAGAUGGAGAUGCUUUUGCCGGUCUGCGAGACUGUAUCGGAGACGAUUCGGAAUAAUAAAUGGACAAUAAGUCGAGGACUUUUUACGUUGCCCUUUUUGGUUUUAAAUUUGAUAGUAUUGCACAAACCAUUAUACCGUUGAGGUUGCUUCUGGUACUAUAGUGGUUAUGGUCAGAAGGGAUUUGUGUUUCGAAUUAUUGUAAAUGUGUGGUGUAAAUCACUGGGCACUUAAAAGCUUGCCUGAUGACUGCAAAAUUUUACUCCAGGUAAACGAAAGCAUUCG